ACCAAAAAAUACCUGCGUUAGUGGUUUAUCAUUGAAUGCCAGACACAGACACAACUGUGCCAUCUAUGGUAAGUACUCGUUGCGCAGGCAUCACAUCCCUGUCCAUCACCACAGCUGUGAACGUCACUACAGUCUCCCCAUUAAUACACAGCAAACAGUGUUGGAGUUCAAGGAUAUCCCCUUCAAUACAACACAAACAGAGUGUAUAA